CGGCCUGAGCCUCGGCCCAACAAAAUGGCGGCGGCGGCGGCGUCGCUUUGUUUCCGCGGCUCCUGCGGCGGUUGCAGUGGUAGUGGCCUUUAAGCUGUGGGGAGGAUCCAACACAAACUACAGUGACGACCAAGACUUCAGUGCAUUUCUGUUGUAUCCAGGCCCCCGGGAGCGCAGAGAGGCGCCCUACGGUCGCAGAAGCCGACCGGGCGUUGAAGCGAAAACAUGACCACUGAGCCCAUGAGUGAAAGCAAGUUGAAUACAUUGGUACAGAAACUUCAUGACUUCCUGGCACAGUCAUCAGAAGAAUCUGAAGAAACAAGUUCUCCUCCUAGACUUCCAAUGAACCAAAGCAUGGAUAAAAUCAGUGGUUCUGGAAAUAACUCUGAUAUGAUGGAAAACAGCAGGGAAGAGGGAACUAGCGCUUCAGAAAAAUCCAAAUCUUCGGGAUCAUCACGAUCAAAGAGGAAACCUUCAGUUGUAACAAAGUAUGUAGAAUCUGAUGAUGAAAAACCCUUGGAUGAAACUGUAAAUGAAGAUACUUCUAAUGAAAAUUCAGAAAAUGAUAUUACUAUGCAAAGCUUGCCAAAAGGUACAGUGAUUGUACAACCAGAGCCAGUGCUGAAUGAAGACAAAGAUGAUUUUAAAGGGCCUGAAUUUAGAAGCAGAAGUAAAAUGAAAACUGAAAAUCUCAAAAAACGCGGAGAAGAUGGGCUUCAUGGGAUUGUGAGCUGCACAGCUUGUGGACAGCAGGUCAAUCAUUUCCAAAAAGAUUCCAUUUAUAGACAUCCUUCUCUGCAAGUCCUUAUUUGUAAGAAUUGCUUUAAAUAUUACAUGAGUGAUGAUAUAAGCCGUGACUCAGAAGGAAUGGAUGAACAAUGUAGAUGGUGUGCAGAAGGUGGAAACUUGAUUUGUUGUGACUUUUGCCAUAAUGCCUUCUGCAAAAAAUGCAUUCUACGCAAUCUUGGUCGAAAGGAGCUGUCUACAAUAAUGGAUGAAAAUAACCAAUGGUAUUGCUACAUUUGUCACCCAGAGCCUUUGUUGGACUUGGUCACUGCAUGUAACAGCGUAUUUGAGAAUUUAGAACAGUUGUUGCAACAAAGUAAGAAGAAGAUAAAAGUUGACAAUGAAAAGAGUAAUAAAGUAUAUGAUCAUACACCCAGAUUUUCUCCAAAAAAAAUUAGUUCAAAUUGUAAUGGAGAAGAAAAGAAAUUAGAUGAUCCAUGUUCUGGUUCUGUAACUUACUCUUACUCAGCACUAAUUGUGCCCAAAGAGAUGAUUAAGAAGGCAAAAAAACUGAUUGAGACCACAGCCAACAUGAACUCCAGUUAUGUUAAGUUUUUGAAGCAGGCAGCAGAUAAUUCAGAAAUCAAUUCUGCUUCAAAGUUACGUCAGCUUAAGGCCUUUAAAUCUGUGUUGGCUGAUAUCAAAAAAGCUCAUCUUGCAUUAGAAGAAGAUUUAAAUUCAGAGAUUCAAGCUUUGAAAGCUAUAAACAAAGAGAAAAAUACCAAAGAGCAUAAAGUCAUGGAUGCUAAAUCUGAAACAAAAGUAAGGAAAGGAGAAAAAUCUUGUGCUUUGGAAAGGAAGGAUGUUUCAAAGUCAGAAGCUAAACUGUCAAGAAAGAAGGUAGAUAGUGAGCACAUGGAUCAGAGUGUUCCCACAGAAGAACAGAGAGCAAAUAAAAGUACCAGUGGUGAACAUAAGAAAUCUGAUAGAAAAGAAGAACCUCAAUUUGAACCUGCUAACACUUCUGAAGACUUAGACAUGGAUAUUGUGUCUGUUCCUUCCUCAGUUCCAGAAGACAUUUUUGAGACUCUUGAGACAGCUAUGGAAGUUCAAAGUUCAGCUGAUUAUCAGGGGGAUGGCCACAGUGGAACUGAGCAAGAGCUAGAGAGUUCUUCUGUAAAAUUAAAUAUUACUUCACAAGACAGCAGAGGAGGUAUUAAAUCAAAAACUUCAGCUAAAGUAACAAAAGAAUUAUAUGUUAAACUCACUCCUGUUUCCCUUUCUAAUUCCCCAAUUAAAGGUGCUGAUUGUCAAGAAGUUCCACAAGAUAAAGAUGGCUAUAAAAGUUCUGGUCUGAAAUCCAAGUCAGAGAACUGUGGACCUGGACGGGAAAACAGUGAUAGUGAGCAUUUGGUUGAAAAUGAAGGUCCGUUACUUUUAGAAGAAUCUGAUCUUCGAAGAUCCCCACGUGUAAAGACUACACCCUUGAGGCGACAGACAGAAACUAACCCUGCAACAUCUAAUUCAGAUGAAGAAAUUAAUGAGACAGUUAAGGCAAAACAAAAGCUAUCAGUCCCACUAAGGAAAAAGGAUAAGCGGAAUUCAUCUGGCAUUGCUAUAGAUAAUCCUAAACCUAAUAAAUUGCCUAAAUCUAAGCAGUCAGAGAUCAUAGACCAGAAUUCAGACUCUGAUGAAAUGCUAGCAAUCCUUAAAGAGGUAACCAGAAUGAGUCAUAGUUCUUCUUCAGAUACUGAUAUUAAUGAAACCCAUGCAAAUGAGAAGUCUUUGUAUGAUUUAAAGACUCAAACAGGAAAAGAUGAGAAAGGAAAAAGGAAACGAAAAAGUUCUACUUCUGGCUCAGAUUUUGAUACAAAAAAAGGCAAAUCAGCUAAAAGCUCUAAAAUUUCUAAAAAGAAACGACAAAACCAUUCUGAAUCUUCCAAUUAUGACUCAGAAUUAGAAAAAGAGAUAAAGAGCAUGAGUAAAAUCAGGGCUACAAGAACAACCAAAAAACGAGUUCCAAAUAAAGGAGAUUAUGAUUCUUCAGAAGAUGAAAAACAUAGCAAAAAAAGAAUGGAUAGUCAAGGGGAGAAAUGUUUGAAGCGUGCACAAGAAGGACCAGGUGAUGAUGCCGAAAGGAAACAAGAGAGAGAGAAUUUCUCUUCAGCAGAAGGCAUGGUUGAUAAAGACAAAACUAUCAGGGAAAUAAGAGAUCAGCUCCCAAAGAAGCAGCAGCCAAGUGUUUCCUCUGAUGGUGCUGAUAAGCCUUCUGGGAAAGAGAAGUGUUUUUAUUCUCCUGAAGACAAAAAGGUUGCUGAUACUGAAGAAAAGAACAAGCAUCUGAAAACCAAAACAUGUAAGAAAGGACAGGGUGGCUUAUCAGAUGUUGCUGAGAAAUUCCCAAAGAAAGAGCACAGUGAUGAGUCCUCUGAAGAUGAUAAAAAACAGGGCAAAAAGGGAACUGAAGGAAAAGAAAAGAAAACUACAGACUUUAAGAAAAAAGUAAUUAAGAUUGAACAACAGUGUGAAUCAUCAUCUGAUGGCACUGAUAAAUUACCUGAGCGAGAAGAAAUUUGUCAUAUUCCUAAAGGCAUAAAACAAAAUAAGAAUGACAAAACUGGUGAGGAAAAGAAAAGUAAAAAAGUAAAAGAUAAAACGUCUAAAAAGAAGGAUGAAUUAUAUGAUUAUGCUGAGACGCUACCAGAGAAAGGAGAUAGUUGUGACUCUUCAGAAGAUAAAAAGAGUAAGAUUGGAGCAUUUUGUAGAGAGAAGAAAAGGGGCACCUUGCCUGAAAAGUGUUCAAGGAAGGGACAAGAUUGUUCAUCAUCUGAUACUGAGAAACAUUCCAUGAAAGAAGAUGGUUGUGAUUCUUCCGAUAAGAGACUAAAAAGAACAGAAUUGAGGGAAAGAAAAAUUUUAAAUUCAAAAAGAAAUACCAAGGAAAUACGAGGUGGCUCAUCAUCUUCUGAUGCUGAGGAAAGUUGUUCUGAAGAUAAUAAAAACCAGAAGAAACAAAGAACUUCAGUUAAAAAGAAGACAGGCAAUAUCAAGGAGAAAAAGAGAAACUCCCUAAAAAUAAGCACUAGAAGGAAACAAGCUGAUAUUGGUUCCUCAUCGUCUUCUGAUGUAGGAAAUGAUGAUCAGAAUUCUGUGGGUGAGGGGAGCAGUGAUGAACAGAAAAUUAAGCCUGUAACUGAAAAUUUAGUGCUGUCUUCACACACUGGAUUUUGCCAGUCUUCAGGAAGGCUUUCUCCGUCCCACGAUGUCAGGGCCGAGCUCAUC